UGAAGUUACGGAUCAAUAUCGUGAAAACUGUACUAUUUUGCGCUGUGGAGCACUAAAGUUAGUUUUGUCGGUACGAUUUAUCAACGAUUUUAAUCUCGCUGCGUCGGACAAUUACAUUGACAAGGUCAAGGAAUACAACCGAGGCAGAACGGCAUCACUAACCGGAAGUACGUAAUACAUCAGCGGUUCAAGGGUCAACGCCAUUGUAUUUGCAUUGUGUGCAUCGAGGGGUCUAUGCAACAUCGGUCUGUACUAUUGAUAUUUCAGAGCCAUGGAGGCUGGCACGGAAGAGGAUCAUCAUGAGGUCCAACAGGACAUCCAACAAAUCCACAAAGUCCUCGGGGAAAACAAAGAAAUGGAAGAAGAGGAAGAAUCUGAUGAGGACGACGAUGUUCGAAGUAGAGAAGAAGAUGGACCGUAUUCGGGAGCUGGUCCUAGUACUUCUGGAGCGGCCAUCUCUCAGGUAUCGCCUUCCAGGCCUCCUGUCCCCGAGUCCCUCUUCCUGUCAAGGUCCAUGGAACCUACUGCAGAGAAUCUGUUACAGAUCAACCUGAGUUACCAGGACAUGGUCUGCACCCUCCUAGACAACAUCAAGGAAGCAAGAAGAAAGAACGCUGCAAUACAAAAAAGUGUUGCAUCAAAGACCACAACCUAUGUCAAAGGAGCGAGACCCAUAACACAUUUUCAGAAGCAUUACUUCUCUGGAGACUCAAACACAAUGCCACCAUUGAGUGAUGAAGCAAAGGAUAUUAAAUCCAGGAAUAUUCCGAUGCCUUUCAUUCAACCAGCAAAAUCAUGGACUGCUGAUGAGGAUAGAGCACUGUACGAGGGCGUACGUAACGACGGCCUUCAGCGAGUCAUGAAACCUCUAAUGGCCCGACAGGAGAUCCUUUAUGAGAAACGGCGAUCGGCCAUUGACGACGAGAAGCACCAACUCACCGUUGAAAUUAACAACAUCACAACCCAACUGGAACAUUUGAAAGCUCCAGAGGAAGAACUGCUUGGAGACAGGAUGAGGGACGUGGAUUGGCUGAAGAUCUCUUCCCUACAUUUGAACGGGGAGCGGUCUGCCAUGGAAUGCCAGCUGAGAUGGCAGAAUAUCCUUCACCCAUUCAUCAAUAAGAAGGCGUGGUCUGCAGAGGAAGAGAAACGCCUAGAUGAAGUCUUGGAGACCAUUCAAGGGAAGGACUGGUCGGAUUACAUCAGGGAACUUGGGACGAAUAGGUCUCCUUUUGACUGUUUCUCAAACUACCAGCAUCGAGACAUCUAUGCAUACGUGUUGAGGCCCUUCACCGAAGAAGAAGAUGAAUUGAUUUUGGAGCUAGCUGAGAGGUUUAAAGUUGGUGAUUAUAUUCCUUUCAGUAAAGUUGCUUACUUCAUGGACCAGCGGUUAGGAAGGCAGAUAGCAUUGAGAUGGAGACGAAAGCUCGACCCUGAUUCCAAAAGGGGCUUCUGGACAAAAGAGGAAGAUGAGGCUCUGCUGGAAGGCAUUCAAAAGUUUGGGUUUAAGUGGUCCAAACUAGCCAAGUUUGUGAGAGGAAGGAAUUCAGCCCAGGUUCGAGACAGGUGGUCAUACACUCUAGAUCCCUCCAACAGGAAAGGAAACUACACCUUGAAGGAAGACCUUGCCGUCUUGCAGAAUUUGAAAGAGCAUGGUGUCGGACAUUGGGUUACUAUAGCAAAGAAGCUGAAUGAGGUGACAGGUAUCUCUCGCACACCAAACUCUAUUCUCCAUCGGUUCAAUACACUGUUCCAGAUGUUUUUCAAGAAAGCCAAAGGCAUCAGCCUCCACGAAGGGGAAUCCAUGGAUGUUCUAAGCAAGAUGCCCUUGAGUCUCAUCCUUGAUGAAAUGAUUGAAUACAGGCAGAGUCUUGGAGAAAUCAACACUUUACAGGGAUCCAGGAACUGGAAAGACUUGUACACGCGCAAGAGACGUAAGCCCAGGAGUCCACCUCCCCGUAUCUUAGCCAAGAAUGCCUCGUUCAUCACGAGAAGAAAUGUCCUUUCAGAGCUUGAUAGGGAAAUUCUGGAUGCCAUCAAGCCAAUAGGAUGGGCGUAUCCUACCAUUAGACAAGACGAUUGGAGGUCGUUCUACAGAAAUAAAGAAGAGAGAAAACAGAGACGUCACUAUAUCUUCUCUGUCCUCUUGAAGGCAUUGGACAUCAGUAUGAAGGGCAAUGAAGCCUUUCUUGCAUCGAUGCUUACCAAUCACAGAGGUGUACAAGCUCUCAAGGAUCAACAUCUUAUCCCAAAACCUGAUGCAGUGAAGACUGAGAGGGUCAAAGAUCCAGAUGAUGAUGAUGAUGAUGAACUGGAACUGUCAGAAAUAGAGAAAAUGUCAUCAAAGAAUGCCAAGAAAGUUAAGAAAUCUAAGAAAGCAAAAAAAUCAGAGGAAUCAAAGUACACUGAAAAACCUAGGCACGACAAGGAAGGAGCUGGUGCCACUCUUCCCGAUGUUCAGGAAACAGGACAGAGGUCUGAAGAAACUCGUACUGCAGAUGUUUCAACAUCUCAACCAGGUGUAGCACGUCUGCCAGAAAACGUGCCUGUGCCGCAAGGAAAUGCUUCAAUGAUGCCACAAAAUGUCAUAGCGACCCAGGGGAGUGUUCUGAGACCACAGGUAAAUGGCAGCAUCACACAAGCUGGCAUUCCCCACUCUCAGUUUGGAACUAGACCUCCGAUGGCUGUCUUAGGUGAUGGUUCCUUGGCGGUGAAGGGUGGCUACCUCGUGCCAUUGAAGAACUAUGUCUCCCAGUUUGGGUGUUAUGGCCCUCAAACAAAUUUGGUGACUGUCUUGCAACCUAGAUUGGGUGGUGCAGUGCAUACUCCAGUGCAAGCUCCUAUGCAAGUUCCAUUGCAAACACCCAUGCAGCCAGGUGGUCUGCCUGGUAACAACAUGCAGAUCAUCUCCAACGUGGCUCCACCUCCUAUGCAAGGUAUCCUGAACAUUCCACAGCAAACUGCUUUGAUUACCCCUCAAGUUCCCCUUAUUGAUUCAAAAGCUGCUGUUCAUAAUGUGAUGCCUCUUACCACCAACAUUACUGGCAUGCAGCCAAUUGCUGUACAGCCCCCUCUUCAACAACCACCACGAAUACUCCAUGUCCCUGGAAAGGGCUACCUGAUACCAGUCAACUGCAUCAAGAAAGAGCCUGGGGUUGCUCCUAUUAACCCAACUCCAAUUCUGCCUAAGCCAGUAAACUUCACACCGGCUUUGAGGCCACUCGGUAUCAAUCCUGGACAAGGAACUGGUAUGCCAUUAGCUUCAGUUUCGUACCCUGCACCCAGAAGCAUACAUCCUGGGACUCCGAUCCCACUUUCUAUCACAGCAGCAAAGGCAACUGGAAAUGGGGAGAUUUCUAAAGAUGUUGAUAUCGCAGUUACCACAGGGACAAGAGAUUCUGUACAGGAAAAAGAAUGUGCGACACCAGCGGAUCAGACAGGAAAAACAUUGUGCAGUGAGGCUGCGCUUGCUCCAAUAAAUGAACAGUCUGAGCCGUCUAGAUCCACAAAGAUAUCCUCCAGUGAGACCAUAGCAGACUCUGGUCUAUCUAUCAAUGGACAGUCUCCAUCAAAUGAAAUGGAGGAGCAAGAAAGGGGAAGCUUGCCAGAGGGCCAUCAAUCACCUAUGGAUGUUGACAAAGAGACUGAAUGCCCAAAUGUUGAUCCAUCUUCUGGCAGUCAAAGAAGGGUGAAAUUUGAUGCAGUGCUGCCAGUACUGCCCCCUAAUGAAUCUACCAUUGCUGGACUGAUGGCACUGCUUUUGGAUAGAAAGCGGCUAGAGGUUACUGCAAAAAAGAAUUCAAGUAUCAAGAAAGUAGGAAGCUGGAACUUGCAAAGCAACAAAAGAGGAAUUCUGAGGGGUAGUGAAGGUCUUUUGCAAGAGUUAUCUUCUAAAGAAUCAUCGCAAGAAGUCUCAAAGUCUGAUGAAAACGAGAGUGUGAACAAGCACAAGGCUAUUAAAGGCAAAUCUACUGGACAUACAAAUGCUGCAGUUAAAUAUUCAGCAGCUAGUAGUAGCGGAACUGGAGAAGGGAAAUGGGAGAUAAGAGUCCCUGUACCCCUUGACGCAACUAAGAAGGCAGGUAAGAAAGAUAGCUACUGGGUAACAACGAGAAACACGGAUGGGUAUGCCAAGGCUUUGGACAGAAUCAGGAAAAGUGAUUGGUACAAAGCUUUACAUCCACGCUUCCUAUCAAUGUUCUUGUGGCCAGCCUUACUCUCCAUCGUUGGGCCGCAUAAGAAGAAGGUUCUUCUUCCUAAAAAGAAACCACUCAAAACACAGCAGUCAGAGAAUCAACCAAGCACCUCACAGGAAAUCAAACCAAUAUUGAAAAAGUACAAGUAUGGGCAGCAUGGUCGAAAGAAAUACAAAAAAUCGGUGCAGAAAAAUACCCCUCCGAAAUGCAAACCAACUGAAGGGAAAAAAGAGUACAAGCGUGGAAAGCGGAAGAAUGUUGUGGCAAAUCCAGAUGGAGUAGCACGCAGAACAAGGAGUGCAUCACAGAAAAAUAGUACAACUCCAGCUGCUGGUCAAGAUCAAAAGCGACGUUCCAUUUACGUCAUUCCAUCGGAUUCCGACAGUGAAUUUGAGGAUCAAGAUGAAGUUGCUGACGUUCCCAUGAGCACAGAAGUGCACCCACAAGUCCUCAUGUCCUUUGGAUAUCCUGAAGCAAGGAAAGGGACUGAGGUUCAUCCUGUAGGAGAACAAAGUGGAAUGGUGGUGUCAUUACUUCAACAACUGCAUGAGAGUAGUGGCAUGGAUACAUCAAAAAUCAAAGAACAGAGCUCCUCUCAGGAGGUACCUAAUGUUCCAGUAUCAUCAAAUAGACCAGAAAGUCCAAUAGCAAACUCUACAAAAUCUGUGAGUCAGACCACAAUCUCCUCUAACAGCAAAAAAAGACCUUUGGAAGAUCCUGUUGUCUCUGGAGCUUCUAAAAGAGUAAAAGAGGAUUAGAUGCAAGCAUUGCUGUAAAUAUGUAUUUGGAAAUUGUGAUAUUUAAGCAGCUUUAUUGUGUAUAGCCUUGGGGUAUGAGGUGAGUGUCACACCUGGCCCCUUUAAAAAAAGUUAGAGAUUAACCGCUAAUUUGAAAGAAGAAUUCUGAUUCCUAGUCUACUGAGCAAAAUGUGCAUCAAACGACAAUCUUGAUUGGCCAUUUAUCAUUUAGCAAUGUCGCUAACCUUUGUGUUUCAAAGUGCUGGACAACGCACAAUGGGCCAGAAUGAGCUCGAAGUGCACCAAAAUUAUGUUCAGUGCUAUAUUUUUACUACCACAUAUUAAUUGGGGGUAAUUACGGGUGUGGAAUUGACCGAACAUGAUUCCAAACCCAUAUUACGUCAUCUUGAUACUUUUUUUUUUAUUGGUUAAUUAAAGCAUAUCUGUGAAGUGAUUUAUUACGCAAAACACUUAGGACUAUAUAAUGUUUGUUGUGGGUGUUACUUAGAGAUAAAACUGACAAAACCUUGCUUUGUGAUUCCAUGUGACAAAUAAGAUAAUAUUUAGAUAGGACGAUGUUAUAAAGAUUGUACAUCCAGCCCCUUAUAUGCUGAAAUUCCUGGUGAUUAUUUCAUAAAGCUGUUUGAAGCUUGCAAAUAACUGUUUCCUGUGGUACAUGAUCCCUGUGUAACUCAAGGGGGGGGGUGGCCGUCAAAUAUAUUGCUGUACAUACGUGUGACCAAAAAAAACGUGUUUAAAGGGGU